CGUCUUUAGACUAAAAUGUCUGUGCUCAGUUUUGAUAAAUCACCUCAGGCAUCAAAGGUCUGGAUCGCUCUGAGGCGGCUUGACAAAAGAGAUCCUAUGUGCUAUUUGAAAAUAUUCAGCUUCUGGCAAGUGGUACAAUCUUCCAUUUACUUUGCUGCAGAUGAAAAAGUGUCCGUUCUUCGAGAAGUGUCUGUUCCUUCAGCUGCUGAUGUUACCAUCAUCAUACAGAUUAUCAGGAGUGCCUUUGGGCUGAACUGUUCCAAUGUUGUGUUCAAGAUAAGGAAUCAUCGUGGCCGUCUUAUCCCUCUGAACAGCUCCAUUCCUGCUAACAGCAAGCACGUGCCUUAUGUGCUUGAGGUAGCAAAGCUCUUUCAGCAUGUGUGUCCCAAGCUCAGAACAAUCCCCAUGACUGUGAUCAACAAGACCAUGAAAACAAGACUACAGACUAUAGAAAGAAGAAUUCAGAGACUGGAAGACCUUCUACCUCAAAUCAAACUCAGGCAUAAUGAAAAACUAACCCAGGAGAUUGAAAGUCUCAACCAGAAGUUGAGAUUUCUUCAUCAAAGAAUGCAAGUAGCAAAUUCUCACACAUGGAAAGGAAUGUUGACCAGAGCCCCUUUGUGGUAAACCAAGAGCCACAAUUCAGCUGGAUGGGGGGGGGGGGCAUGCAGUGGUUACAGUUGUCAUUCAUGGUGCAUCAUAUUACUAUGUGCAGCAAGGUUAUGGUUUGGGUGCCCUUUGUUACAGUGUGUCCAACUAUAUAUAUUAUUUAUAUUAUGAUUUCAAACACCUGUAGUGAUCAGUCUGGUCACAGUCUGGACAAAAGGGCUUUAAACAUAUAGAUCACACACUCAUGUUUAAAUCUUCCAGGUUAGAGCUGAUAGUUCUUAAGUUUCCUGCUUUUCGACCCUGAAAUAUAGUGAAAAAAAUACUGUUAAACAAGUACAGGAGCAAUAUCUACUUUCACUUAUUAGAGUUUACUGUUGUAGCCAUAUUGUAGCAUAUUGCCAUAUUGUAGUAAAUAAGUAGCAAACUCAUUUUGACUGGUGAAUGAUGACGGGCCAGAUUUGACUGCAUAUUAUUUGUACCAUGAAAUAAAUUAAUUCAUUGAAAGAAACAGAAACAAUCCUUUAUCUUAAUAACUGGCUGUGAUAUGCAGAAAA